CUUGAUUACUGAUUUACCAUAUCUCUCUUCCCGCGAGAAAGAUAGAUAUAUUUCCCGCCAUUUUCCGUCCCAAAUGGCCAAAUCUUCUUGACGAUUCUCACAAUCUCUCUCUCACACACACACACAUCUAAUCAACUAAUAGUUGAAGAAGCAAAUGACUAGAAUGGAAGCAGCAGAUAAUGAAAGAGAUGACAUGUUAAUCGACGGUCCCCAAGAUGAUUUUCCUGAUGGAUUCAAUUCUGAUUAUCUCAAAAUUUACUACGGAAAGCUUUUCCCUCUUGCAGAGAUGGCCAAAUGGAUGUCGUACGGAAACGAUGGAAAACAUCCUGCAUGUGACGGAUCUUAUUUCGAGAGACGAGAGUUUUCUUUUACGUUGGAUAAUGAUGUAUAUUUGCGGUUCUUGUCAUUCAAGAAUGCCUCUGAGCUAAAAGAGGGAAUUAAAAAGGAAUGUCCGUUCAAAAUAGAUAUCGGUCCUGUUUAUAGUGUUGAGCCUUCAAAGAGACAUGCAACACAAUCUGGGGAUAACAUUUUCACUCCUGUAGAAAGAGAGCUAGUGUUUGAUAUCGAUAUUUCAGACUAUGAUGAUGCCAGAUAUUGCUGCUCUGGAGCUGAUGUUUGCUUGGAAUGCUGGCCGCUGAUGACCAUUGCGAUCAAAGUAAUUGAUACUUCUCUUAGAGAUGAUUUCGGUUUCAAUCAUAUUCUAUGGGUAUACAGUGGUCGUCGUGGUGUCCAUUGUUGGGUCUGUGAUGGAAAAGCAAGAAGGUUGAAUAAUGAACAGAGAGCAGCUAUUGCCGAUUAUUUUCGUGUGUACAAGGGUAACACCAAUAGCAGAACCAAGGUUUCUCUUGUGGGGCCUACACUCCAUCCUUUCCUUGAGAGAUCAUAUGUCGACGUCUUGAAAAACUUCUUUGAGGAGAAAUUACUUUGCAGCCAACAGUUACUUUCUGAUGACAGAUAUGAGAAAAUACUGGAGAUGAUUCCCGAUGAGUCAACAAGUGCAAUACUCAGAGGAAAGUGGCAAGAGAAUAGGCGCUCUUCUAGAGAUAUAAAUAUUGUGCGUUGGGAGCAACUAAAACAUCAGUGUGAGUCUUCUAAACAAAAGGCACAUAUUCGUAGGUGUGUUCAGGAGAUCGUCUUUUCUUUUACUUAUCCCAGGCUUGAUAUGGAGGUAUCAAAGCACAUGAAUCAUUUGCUGAAGGCACCUUUUUGCAUACAUCCCAAAACAGGCCGUGUUUGUGUUCCUAUCGAUCCCAACGUUUGUGAUGAGUUUGAUCCUACCAAUGUACCAACACUCUCUAAACUCCUGAGAGAAAUCAACGCCGUAGGCUUGCAAGCAGAAGGCGAAGUAUGGGAAAGAACCUCAAUGGGGAAGUCUAUCAGAUACCUCAGAGAAUCAUUCUUGCAGCCUUUGCUUAAAUCUUGCAAGGAAGACAUAGAAAAGUCACAUAUCGCCAAAGUUCAGCAAGCAAAAAACUCCUUAAUCUUCUAGUGUUUACAAUCUUUCAGUGAUAUUGUCUUUGUUUUAUUUUGUGUUGCAAUUAUUUUUAGUAUGUAAUGCAAUGUAAUAUAUAUUUAUUUAAAUCUAAUUAAUACGAGUUGUUAUGUUCUUAUCA